UAAAGAAUAAUUUCGUUAUUGUUUCACAGAUAAACCAUCUUAAAAGAAAAAUUGAAUACGUUAUUUUUAAUUUUUCUUUCAAAUUUAAUUUUUAUCAUUUAAAAGCGUCGUCUUCCCCCAAAAUCCAGCUGAUUCAGACUUUGAAUCAGACCAUUAGUAAGGGUUCCAAAUCCUUGGUUUCGAGUUUCGGAACUCGGAACUCGGAACUCGAAAUUCUUACUUCAAGUAUUGGAUUUUGGGGGUGGUUUCGCUUUUUGUGAUUCUUUUUAGGGUUUACUAUCGAGAAAUUACUGUCGCUCUUUCGAUUCGUAAGAGAAGAUGAGUAGUAGGAAGGAAGAAGAGAGGAACGAGAAGAUCAUUCGAGGUCUCAUGAAGCUUCCUCCCAAUCGGAGAUGUAUUAACUGUAAUAGCCUGGGUCCUCAGUAUGUAUGCCCAAAUUUUUGGACUUUUGUUUGUGUGACUUGCAGUGGGAUACAUCGUGAAUUUACUCACCGUGUGAAGUCAGUAUCCAUGGCUAAAUUCACAUCCCAAGAGGUGGAGGCUCUUCAGAAAGGUGGUAAUCAGCGCGCAAGGGAAAUUUAUUUAAAGGACUGGGACUUGCAACGACAGAGAUUGCCUGAUAGCAGUAACGUUGAUAAAAUCCGAGAGUUUAUAAAGAAUGUUUAUGUGGAUUGCAAGUAUGCUGGAGGAAAGACCUCUGACAAGCCUCCUCGGAACAUGCAGAAUGUCGGAAACAAUGAAGAUGAUACCAGAAGAGCCAGCUCCUACCACUCCUAUUCUCAGAGUCCACCAUAUGAAUAUCAGUAUGAAGAGCGGCGGUAUGGUAGACAGGCUGGUGCACUUACCAGGAAACCGGGUUCGGAUCGAGCUCUAUAUGAGCGAAAAAUUUCUAGCUUCAUUUAUAGUCCAGGUCGAUAUGAGGAUAGGAUUGCAAUUGAGAAUUCUGGUUCUAGAAUUUCAGACUACUCUGUGUCAAGUGGAGGUGAUCCAUUCAGGUCUGAUACUCAAUCACCUAAUUUUCAGAAGAAUGUUGGAUUUGGCAGCCCUCCAAUUCAGCCUGUGAGGGAUAUUUUAAAUGAAGAUGUACAACGUCAAACAAUAAGUUCAUACUCAGAGACAAAUGUCAGGAGAGAAGUAGAUGGAAUUCCACGGCCACAGAGAGCCACCUCUUCGGGAAGCUUUGGGUCAUUUGAUAGCAACUCCAUGUCUUCAAAAUCUGUUAAUUCAGAUUUGUUUCAACAACCAGCACCAUCUUCGGCUCCACCAAUAGAUUUAUUUGGGUCAAGCCAGACUUCUUCAGCCCUGUCUCUUGAUUUGUUUGCCAAUAUUGCACAUCAGCAGCCUGCUACAAACAUUUUGGAGCAAAAACAAUCAGGAUUCCCUAUUGCAGAAAAUGAAGGCUGGGCAACAUUUGACUCACCUAAUCAAGUAACAUCUACCCUUGGAACAAACAAUGUGGACCGUUCUACCAGGGCUCAUGCUGAUGGAUUGCCUGUGGUGAGAUUUAAUGCACUUGCAUCCACAAAUACAAGCGGGAAGUUACAGUCAGUUCAAAGCUCUGCAACUCAUGGCUCUGUUCCGCUUGCUUCCAGUGAGUGGCAUGGGGCCGUCCAGGAUGUUCAAGCCUCCACUGAUCUAGGAAGUAAUCAGCAGUCAUGGAAUGCCUUUGAAGAUUUGGGUGAAACCGUUUCCCAGUCUUCCUUUGAGAGUCUACCACCAAGGACUGAGCCACAUGUUCAAGCCUCCACUGGUCCAAUAAGCACUCAGUCAUGGAAUGCUUUUCAAGAUUCUGCUGGUAGCAUCUCUCAAACUUCCUUUGGGAAUCCUCCUCAAAGAAUUGAACGACAAGCUCAAGCCUUCAGUGGUCCAAUCAGCACUCAGCAGCCGUGGAAUGCCUUUGAAGAUUCUGCUGAUAGCCUUUCUCUAGCUUCCUUCGAGAAUUUACCACAGAGGAAUGAACCACAACUUCUGGCACAUAACCCUCCUGCAACCAUUGAUCAGUGUUUGAGCUCAAAUGUUCAAGAGGAACCCAACAAAGAUGGGUUUCAAAGAGCAAUCAUGGAGGAGAGAACCCCUAUACCUAGUGUACCAGUUAAUGGUGCUUUAGUUGCAUCAUCACUUGCUCCAUUGAUGCGGAUCCGGGUUCCAAGAACAGGAAUCGGAUCGCUUAGGGCCCACAAUAAAGUAGUAAAUUCAAAAUUUAAAGAAUAAUGGCAGUUCUGUAAAUAAACUGAAGUUUAAGGGAAUGGCAAUUAAGUAAUUACCAGAAACUUAGAAAGGAGUGGCAGACUUGUAAAUAAAAGGAAUUUCAAAAGGAGGAAAGGAGGUUAAAGUAACUGAUAGGAUAUGAAGGGGAUUAGAAUUAUAGGCCAUGGGUAGUCUUGGAAGCAAUUAUUGGGCAUGGGUAAGUAGUAAAUAAAGGUGGAAUGGAAGGGGUAUUAAUAUGGAGGUAAAACAAAAGAGGGACUUUUACAUAAAAGAACAAAUACUAAAGGACACAACUCAAGGGGUUUGAGGGGUAUAAUGGGAAAAACAAAAUUAAAGGGUUUUAAACCACUCACGAGUCUUUCUUCUUCUACCUUCAGCCAACGUAAGAGGUGGAAAACCAGGGAGGCUUUGGAUCAAGAGAACUCCUUCAAUCGGCCUUUGUUUGGCCUGGAAUUUCUGGUGAAUAUCCUCAAGAAGAGGCUCUAUCAAACCCAUAAAAUAGAUGCUUGGAACUGCAGGCUGGAAGGACACAGGAAGAACCUGAAUUAGAGCCUGGCGGUAGAUUAGAGAUCAGACCUGAAAUCUGUCUUGUAACUCACAGCAGAGGUCACAUUCAGGUAUGAAUUUCUAAGGUUUAAACCACCUCAGAGUGAAGAUCAAACGCCCAGAAUUUGGAGGGAAAAGAAGAGGAGAGGAAAGAGAGCAAUCCUCAGUUGUGAGGGUCUAUUCCUUCGCCAGAACAGGGGAGGAGGGAAAAAAGAAAAAGUAAACAUGAGAGAGUCACGGCAGCCAAAGCUUCAGCCAAGUAAACAUCCAAUUUCAAAUCAAAAUUUCAAAA